AUGAAAAAUACUCAUGAGUUUUAACCUCCAGAAAAUAUUAAAGAAUUUGAAUACGCUAAUAAAAUACUUUGCUAAGGAGCGUUUGGAGUAGUCGCUUUGUAUAAAAAUAAAUACAAUGACUAUAUGGCAAUCAAAGUUUAAAACAACAAAAUUUACCUUGUCGAUUUCGGUUCUGCAACAUAGUAUCUUGAUGAUGAGGGAGGACAUAUUGCAAAGAAAGAAUAGAGACAAUCAAGAGGAAGUCAUGAAUUUGCUUCUAUUUAUACAUAGCAAGGUAUUGAGGCAGCAAGAAUAGAUGACUAUAUUUCUGCAGCUUACUCAAUAUUGUUGCUAAGGUAUGGUUAUCUACCCUGGUACAAAAAGGAAGUUGCAAAUUUUACCUAUCUAGAUUUCUAAGAUGAACCUUAGCAUGAAUAAUUAGAAGAAUAUCUAGACUUCUAUUUAAAGAGAGAAACAUUCAAUUUAUUAAAUAUUUCCUAGAUUAAAAAUACUUAAGACACAAUCAAAUAGAAAUAAUUACAGCUUAAUGGCAAAACAGUUCAGAUUCUCAAGCAAAAAGAAAAUUACCUUAAACCUGAAUUAGACAUUUGCAAAAUAACGAUUUAAAAAGAUAACUCAGCUAUAUCAAGCAAGAAACUUGAGUAAAAUCUUAAUAAUAAUGAUGAACUAAGUAACAAAGGAUCGAAUCAUAUUUCAAGAUAAUUAAAUGACAAUGCUAAGCAAAUUUCAUCAGGAUAAUAUUAAAAUUAUGAUGAAAAUAAAAGUGAAUUGUUUAUUCAGACAAUACCUACAAAACAAAAUGAUGCAUACCAUAACUUACAAAUUAGUACUUCUUAAAUUUCACAAAAAGAGAAAAAUUAUUUGCCUUCUUCAAAUUCGUAAGAAAACAUUAGUGAAUUUUCUACAAGUAAUGAUGUUAAAAAUUCCAAAGAUACUAAAAGAGGAAGGUAGGACGAAAUAAUUGCUAGGGCAUUGUAAGAGCAAAUAAAUGAAUAGUAUUUCGCUGAAUAAAAAAAAAUGGCUCAAAUGAAUAUCAUUAGAUAAGAUCCUCAAUAUUUGCGUUAAUCUUCAUUAAAUUCAAUGAGAAGUUCAGAGAAAAAUAAUGAAUACUACAAAAACCAACUAGAAUAUUCCAAUUAAUCAUAAACUAACCUCUAUCAUAUGAAUAAUGAACAGAAUAAAUAACGUCCUCACUCUUAUUUAAGAACUCAAAAUCCAGUCAACAACAAUAAUGUUUUAAAAGCCUCAUCAAAGAGAGAAUUUUUCAAUUACGACGAUAAAACUUCAAAUACCAAUAGUCAGUCUUAGAAGAUAAACAACAAUUAGCACAUGAAAUAAUAACCAGUUAAUAGCAGACCACCACCUAGUGGAUAAGCUCAAUAGUCAAAAAUAAUUUCUAGCUCACUUUCGUCUUCCAAUUAACCUAGAACAUUUCUAAGCAAUUAGUAAAUUCACUAUUAUAAGUGA